AUGGCUGCCUGGCAGUCCGAGGAAGGAAUUGUGAAUCACAAUUUGCGAAUUACGCCUCUUCUUGAAGGGGAACGAUCACUGCAGGGUCAGAUACCCCACGUGUUGUUUGAAGUACGAGAAGCGGACAAUUUCAGCAAAGUUGAACAGGAGUUUAUACGUCCACGGGAGCGAAGUGGCCGCGACAACAGUCACGGCAACUGGGUCAACUCUCCGCAACCACGAUCCUCAGGAUUUCACAGAUUUCCCGUAGAGGUUCACAUCGUUUCUGACAAGGCGCACCAGCAAUACUUCAAGGAGAACUCCAAGUUGAUCGCAUAUUUGGCAGUGAUGAUGAACGCGGUGAACCUAAGAUAUUUGGACACGACAAACCCCAAAAUUGACUUUCUUCUCGUCGGCGUAACAAGGACAAAAGACCACGAGUUCGCUCGAACUGAGGGCCGUUAUAUUGACGCGGGAGAAAUGAUAACCGGACUAAAGCAUUACAAAAGUCAAGGAAGAAUACCAGGGGCCCAUGAUGUGGUGUACCUUAUCACUGGGUAUGACAUGACAAAAUGGCUCUCCAAUGGAAAAAGGUACCCUGGCAUUCGAGGGCGCGCAAAACUGGGCACCGUCUGCACGAACCUGGGAUUAGGCGAGGGCGAAGACAAACCUCACGGGUACCUCGGUGUUAACACCAUUGCCCAUGAACUUGGCCACACGUUAGGGGCUGAGCAUGACGAAACCCCCGAGUGCCCCUGGAAAGAGGGAUACCUAAUGAGUUACGAGGAUGGAGGAUUAAAAAAAUUCCGGCUUUCGCAGUGCAGCGAGAGAAGCAUAAGGCAAUACGUGAGGACAUUGUCCGACCAUUGCAUUGGAGUUAUGAAUGCACAAAACUAUCUGAGAGACAUAAGGAAAUUUCCUGGACAGACUAUACGUAAGAAAUAUUACUGCCAGAAACUCAUGGGAAACACUAAGGAAUCAAAAAAGGUCUUCGUGAAAAAGGAUAAUGGAUGCUUUCUUCAAUGCUGCCUUAAAUACCCCCAUUAUACGUCAUGUGGCCAAUACAAAAUGCUGGAUGGUAUGGCAUGUGAUUCUGGCAAGACUUGCCGGAGAGGAGUUUGUGCGAAGCACUAAUUACGCAACAAAGCAAUUGCUGUCAAUAUUUAAGAAAGUAUUCAUGCUAUAAAAAGUAAAUCAAGCUGCUUUAGAACGACCAUUGGCUAUACUUCAUGUCUAUCAAAGUCCGUAACAACUAUAAUGCGGCUCCAAAUAAACCAUCUUGCUAGGAAGCGCAGC